AUGCCGUCUCCUGCACAUGACGCCAGCCUUCUGGACGCCUCAUGGAGUGAGGGAUACAUCUCGAGCAUCCUGGCGCUGUCUCCUGCACAUGACGCCAGUCUUUUGGGCGCCACAUGGAGUGAGGGAUACAUCUCGAGCAUCCAGGUGCCGUCUCCUGCACAUGACGCCAGUCUUCUGGGCGCCACAUGGAGUGAGGGAUAUAUCCCGAGCAUCCAGGUGCAGUCACCAGCACAUGACACCAGUCUACUGGGCGCCACAUGGAGUCAAGCCAACAUGUUUAAGGUUCUAAUGGGCACCCUUCAUCAAGUUGAAGCCAACAUGUUUAAGGUUCUAAUGGGCACCCUUCAUCAAGUUGAAGCCAACAUGUUUAAGGUUCUAAUGGGCACCCUUCAUCAAGUUGAAGCCAACAUGUUUAAGGUUCUAAUGGGCACCCUUCAUCAAGGUCAAGCCAACACAUUUACGGUUCUAUUAGGCUCCCUUCAUCAAGGUCAAGCCAACAGGUUUAAGGUUCUAAUGGGCACCCUUCAUCAAGGUGAAGCCAACACAUUUAAGGUUCUAAUGGGCACUCUUUAUCAGGGUCAUGCCAACACAUUUAAGGUUCUAAUGGGCACCCUUCAUCAUGGUAAAGCCAACACAUUUAAGGUUCUAAUGGGCACCUUUUAUCAGGGUCAAGCCAACACGUUUAAGGUUCUAUUGGGCAGCUUUUAUCGGGGUCAAGCCAACACAUUUAAGGUUCUAUUGGGCACCUUUUAUCAGGAUCAAGCCAACAUGUUUAAGGAAGUGGUAAUAGCUGGCUGCCUCUGUGCAGUAACGGUAUCCGUCCCUCCGAAGGUUGAAAUUGAAAUUGGACAAGAGACAGUCUUGAGGUGUACACCGAAGUUCAGUGGCACACCAAAGUACGGUGUAGAGUGGUCAUUUAUAAAUCAGGAGGGGUCUCGAGUCCGUAUUGCUACCUAUAACAAUGGGCGCACAUCCGUGGACCAGGGAACGGACUUCACAGAACGAGCCGCAAUUAAAAGUGACAACAGCCUGGUGAUCAAAGAUAUCCGUGUCCAAGACGAAAGCACAUUCUACUGCAGGGUGACCUCUACCAGUGAGGGGAGUGGUGAGGGCAGCACCGAGCUGAAGGUCUAUGUGUCCCCGUCGGCUCCAGAGCUUACAGUAAAUUUACAACUACUAUCAAUAACGGAGGAUAUUGCAUCAGAGGUUGGAACCUGCAUCAGUCGGAACUCCUAUCCAGCUCCAACCAUUAAGUGGUUCAGAAACCAGGAUCCUUUAAAUGCUGGCAAUGAAAAGGGGACAGAUUUAUACGCUUCCUCCCGCACGACAACCGAGGCUUCUGGCUUGUAUACUGUAUCUAGUACGCUCUUUCUGAAACCCCGAAAAGAAGAUGCUGAUGCUGUAUUCUCUUGCAAAGCUGUGUUACCAUUACCAGGCGGUGGUACCAGUGAGAUGGAGUCAAGGGAGUUCAAAUUGAAUUUACAUUAUUAUACUGAAGCUGUAACUUUUAUGGUUGAACCAGUGGGCCCCAUAAAGGAGGGCGACAAAGUAACCCUUCGCUGCGAAGGAGAUGGAAAUCCCCAACCAACGUACCUUAUGCAGAAAAUAAAGGAUAAUAAAGAGGAAGAACUUGAGUCUGGUUCUACUGGAGUUCAUGAGUUUCAGAACAUAUCUCGAGGUGACUCUGGGGUUUAUCGCUGCGAAGCGCUGGACUUUGAUAGCCCUGACUUUAUUGAGCUGAUGAAGCAGUUAGAACUGUUUGUGCACUAUCUAAACCCUGUGACUGUCAUCCCAGGAGAAGAAGAGUUUAAAGCUUCACUUGGGACAGAUGUCCAAUUGUUCUGCUCUUGUGAUGGCUCAGAAAAACCUGACCUGAUCUGGAAGAAGGGUGAUGUUGUUGUCUCUAAAAGCAGCAGACAUAGAUUGAAAGAAGUGACAUAUUCCAAUUCUGGCAUUUAUACAUGUGAAGCUGAUGUUCCCUCAGUGCCAGGAUUACACAAAGAGCAGAGUGUCACUAUCACUGUGGAAGGCCCACCAGAACUGGACAUGGAAAACCAUCAGGUUGAAGUAGAAUCAGAAGGACAUCCUGUGACAUUAUCCUGUAAAGCAAAAGGAAACCCAGUACCUAAAAUAACCUGGAACCAAGCAGAUCUGAAGGCCUCUGAAUCCUUCACUAACCUCGAAGUACUAAGUGAGGUCUCCUUCAAGUUCAGCUCCAAGACAAUGAACAACAUUUCCUGCAGUGCAGAAAACCACCUGGGAAUGAAAAAAAAGAUGUUCAAACUGAGCAUGUAUGAGGCUCCAAGCGUUUCUCCGGCUCAAGAACAGAGUGGUGGCAGCAGCACGGCCAUAAUCGCAGUCGUUGUGUGCGUCCUCCUCCUGCUUCUAGUCGUUGCCCUCUUCUAUUUCCUACAGAAGAAAGGAAAGUUGGCCUGCGGACGUUCAGAGAAACAACCACUAGCCCAGGAUCCUGCAUCAGCUGAGCUCGCUGUAGAAUUAAAAUCGGAAAAGCGGAAUGACCAGCAUGGACUGCUGGGCAGAGGGGGAGGCGGUUCAGCUGCAGAGUGUUAACAUGCAAUGUGGUUGGGCUCUCCUGUUCUAUGGAUGGCACCGUGUUGGCGUGUCUCGUAUGUCAGCUGACAUCUCCAGCCUGUGGAUUUUUACUACUUCUUGCUCUUGAAUCAGAGUUUGCAGAAGAUGAAAGAAUGCAAAGACUCAAUAUAUAUUUACAGAAGAUCCCUUGGAAACCCAAUAUGAUGGUCGGAUCCGUGGGUCCUCCAAUUUAUCUGACACUGCAGGGUUCGCUUACUAAGGUCUGUUGUCGGCCACACCCACCCAGCCUGGUGUUGCCUUAAAUGGAGGUCGCCAUCGCCACAUUACCCACCACAGACCUCCGCCAGUUAAUCUUAUUUGUUGCCAGAUUUGUGUUUUUAUAUGAUUACAUUUUUUUGUUGUUUUUUUUCCCCCCUUUCUUUGAUUUCUGCAAUUUUUUUACCAGAAUCUUUUUUAUUGCUCCAAAUGUGUCUAUAUGAUUUCCACUGUCCUGCUGUUUGAAGCUGCUCUCCCAGCAUGCCUUGGGGGUGGUGGUUUGCAGUGGGAUUCAAACUGUUACACUGGUCUUGGCCUGCUUCUGUCCGGCCUGUAUGUAUAUAAUGUAUUUCUGUAUGGUCAUUACACUGGUCAGACCCUCCUAUUCUGUCUGUCUGCUCUCUUUUUUGUAUUAUUUCUUGUAUAUUCUGUUAAAAAUAAUAUCCACUUUGAUUUCCGUUGCCUUGAGAUAAAGGUUUUCAGUGUUUUU